CUAUCCAAUAAAGCCCCAUACAAAAUGACAGUGACAGCUGCCUUGUGGCAUUCAGCUUGAAUGGAACAGGUUUGCUCAGAAGUGUCGGUCUCCAGCAUGCCAUUACAGCAUAUAGCACCGGGGAAAACAUCUUUAAACCCCAUCCUGGAAAACUGAAACUUCUUUCAGCAGCUGUCGAGGCUGUUUAGCAGGAAAGGUGCUCUUCAAAGCCUUUGCACGGUGUCUUGGGUUGAUCUUUUAUGAACCUUCUGAAAGUUGAAACCUUUUGCCAAGGCAAUAAAACAAAACCUCUAUCAGCAGAAGCAGCAAAGCUGGAGGUUUUAUGGGUGGAAGGAACUCCAGGGACCAAGGGAAGAAAAGCAUGAUGCAUUUGAAGAGAAGUCAGAAGUUACCUCUGUGGGAAGAAGCACUUCUCUCUGGAAAAGACCCAAGAGCACUCUUGAAGCGUGGACUACAAUAUGUCAGCUUGAGCCUCAUAAUGAAGGGGAUGACAAGGGCUCCUGAAUUUUUAUGGGGAUUGCCACAGGUCCAGAAACUGAACCUCUCACACAACCAACUGGUGAUCCUUCCACCUGCUUUGGGGAAACUUGACAGACUGGUGGUGCUGAACCUGUGUGGGAAUCGCAUGAAGUCUCUGCCCAAAGAGAUUGGGCUACUCAGGAACCUCAAGGUUUUAUUUGUCAAUAUGAAUUGCUUGACUGAAGUACCACCCGAACUCGGGCUCUGCAAAAAGCUAGAAGUGUUGAGCCUCUCUCACAACUAUAUCUCUCAUCUCCCUUCAAGCGUCACAGACUUGAUAAACUUAAGAAAGCUGAAUCUUAGCAACAAUCGGUUCAUUUAUAUUCCCCUAAGUGUUUUUGCAUUGAGGAAUUUAGAUUUUUUACAUGUAGGCUGCAACAAACUUGAAAACAUUGGAGACAGUAUCCAAUUUCUAGUCAACCUGCAGAUCUUGAUUGCUGAUUAUAACAACAUUCGCAACUUACCAAGGUCUAUCUGCUCAGUCACUGCUCUUGAACUGUUAAAUGUUGAUUACAAUUCAAUUCAAACCCUCCCAGAUGAACUUUAUUUACUGCACCGAUUGCAAAAAAUUGCUUGGAAUCCAAUGGAUAAGGGACUCCAUAUUUCACGCAAUCCUUUGUCUAAGCCACUGCCACAGAUUAUAGAUGGAGGACUGGAUGCGCUCUUCAGCUAUCUCAAAGAUAAAAACCAGCUUCCCUAAAUUUGCAGUUUGCUUGAGAUAGACCCUGUGGACUUGUCUCAGUUUUGAGGUCUUUAUUUUUUCUGAUUAGUGGCUUUCACUGCACAAAUAAAAAAUUGGAGUACAGUUGCAAUAAAGUUUUCCUGAGGAAGUACAUUGACUUCA